AUGAUGACCCCGUAUAGGGGUAGAGGCCGCGGUUAUGGCCGUGGUGGGAGAGGGAGUAACAAUAUGUUACCCGAGCCAGAAUCAAACAUUCCUCUAAUAGGGGAUUGGACUGUCUACAAAGGUAGAAAAAUGCAGCAAUUACCUGCAUCUUCAGCAAAAAAGGAAGAUAUUGCUUCCUCUUCCUCUAAUAAAACUACUUCCUACAAGGAAGUUGCGGUUAAUAACCCACCUCAAGAAAAAAUGGAUUAUUUUGAAAAUCCAGUAACUGAGAAAAUCAUGUAUAUUGAUGAUGAAGAUAUGAAGAUAAACCCAAAUGAUGGGUGGUCUAUCAAAACUAGAUACCUCGAAUAA